ACGAUAAAGCGGUAGAAGAUGGAUGGAAUACCUGAAGAUAGGUUCUUGAGCACACUUGGAAGGAAAGAGUGAGGAGAGGAAUAAUCAGCUGUAACGUGAAACACUUCAGCAAUAUAUCCUGCUCAAUUUCACACACUGCACCUUUAAAGCGCACCCUUGUAAAGGACUAAACAUAUUACCAUCAACAUGGACUUUUGAGCAUCAUAAUUUUGUUCUUACGCAUGCGCUGCGGGGUUGCUAUGUGUUAGCGCCCUUGGUUACCACUCUGUGUCCCAUAAUGCAUCGCUUUUAGCAGAUCUUUUGAGAUAACUUCAGCUACGCUAGCUAUUAAAAUAAUGUAACGUCCACAUUGCAAGACUUAAUAUAUGCAUAUGUGGAAGAGAACAAAACGAGUGGCAUCGCUUUAUUUUUAGUUAAAUGGACAGAAAAGAGAAAACUUGGUAACGGACGCUGUUGUAAGGUAACGACGGGAAGCUAUGAGCUAACGGCUAAUGUGACUGGUCUGUUAGCUACGCCGCUACUUGUUUGUACUUUAAUGGGAUUUCUAUGUUCAGUUAAUCGAGAUAACUCGUCCCAGAGCCAGAUAUUAUGCCAAUAAUGUAUUAUACCAUGAAGUAAAUAACUCGCGUAUUGUCAAUAACUGUGCUCAAACCUGUUUCUAGCUGUUUGUUUGGAUAAACUGAGUUGAUGACAUAAACAAUGGAGAGGGAAACGCACAACUUCGUGGUCUUCAAUGCUUCAAAAAGAGAACUUUUUACCUCCAUCAAUGGAUACAAAACAAUGCAGAAGAGACUUCGGGCUCAGUGGAAAAUCCAGAAUAUGAAAGAAGAGUUGUCUGUGGAGAAGUUGAGGGGAGUUAAGUUGUGGAUAACUGCAGGACCAAGAGAGAAGUUCACAGCAUCAGAGCUGGAGGUACUGAAGCAAUACCUGGACGGAGGAGGAAACAUCCUGGUCAUGCUCGGUGAAGGGGGAGAAAACAAAUUUGACACAAACAUCAACUUUCUCCUGGAGGAGUUUGGAAUAAUGGUUAACAAUGAUGCUGUUGUGAGGAACGUUUAUUACAAAUACUUCCAUCCCAAAGAGGCACUGGUGUCCAAUGGUGUACUGAACAGAGAAAUCAGCCGAGCUGCUGGCAAAGUGGUGACAGGAAUCAUUGAAGAUGAAAACAUUGGAAACAAUGCACAGGCUCUCACAUUUGUGUACCCGUAUGGUGCCACACUGGGUGUGAUGAAACCAGCUGUGGCCGUUCUAUCAACAGGCUCCGUCUGCUUCCCUCUCAACAGGCCUGUCUUGGCCUUCUAUCAUGGAAAGGAGGCUGGCAAGCUGGUUGUGCUGGGUUCCUGCCACAUGUUCUGUGACCAGUACAUAGACAAAGAGGAGAACAGUAAAAUCAUGGAUGUCGUGCUCCAGUGGCUCAUGAGCGAUACUAUACAGCUGAACCAGAUUGAUGCAGAAGACCCAGAGAUUACAGAUUACACCAUGUUGCCAGACACCGGGUGUUUGUCAGAACAGCUCAGAGUGUGUUUACAAGAGGGAGAUGAAAACCCUAGGGACUUCACCUCUCUUUUUGAUAUGUCUUUGUUUAAUUUCUCCACUGAUACUUUACCCCAAGUCAUCAGUGCUUACAAGCAGCUAAAUGUCAAAGACGAGCCACUCCAGCUGAUCACACCACAGCUGGAGACACCUCUGCCUCAGCUUCAACCUGCUGUUUUUCCACCUGCCUUAAGUGAUUUACCUCCACCCAUGUUGGACUUGUUUGAUUUAGAUGAAACAUUCUCUUCUGAGGAAGUGCGUCUAGCACAGCUCACCAAUAAAUGUACAGAGGACGAUCUUGAAUUCUAUGUGCGGAAAUGUGGCGAAAUUCUAGGUGUGACUCCAAAGUUGGAUAAAGAUCAGCGAGAUGCCAAGCACAUCUUGGAACACAUUUUCUUCCAGGUCGUGGAGUUUAAGAAGCUCAAUCAGGAGCACAACAUGGACAAUGAAGCACAAUUCACUCCGUUGUGAAUUGAAUAAAAGGAAAAGCUUUUUUUUAUUCUCAA